AUGGUCGAGAGGCUGCACCGGCAGCUCAAGGCUGCAAUAGCAUGCCACACCAGCACGCACUGGAGCGAGGCACUUCCCUUGGUUCUUCUGGGCAUCCGCAGCGCCUGGAAGGAGGACUUACAGGCAUCAGCAGCUGAACUUGUCUACGGUGAACCACUCCGUUUGCCUGGGCAGUUCUUCACGCCAUCCAAGGAGCCGGUAGACGUCACUGACUUCGCGGGUCGAUUACGAAGCUACAUGAGCAAGCUAGCUCCUCAACCGACAGCUUGGCACUCCAACCGUCUGUUUUACCUACCCAAGGAUCUCCAGACAAGCAGCCACGUGUUCUUGCGUCAAGGGCCAGCACGUCGUCCUCUUCAGCCUGCCUACACCGGUCCUCACAGGGUCAUAAAACGUCGCGACAAGACGUACGACAUAGAUGUGUCAGGAAAAGAGGUCACGGUGACACUCGACAGACUGAAGCCAGCCUACGUCAUGAGGGAAGAGGUUCCAGCAGUUCCAGCACCAAUCCAGGACACCGUCAUCCCACCUGCUCCAGAGAAAAAGACGAAGAGCGGACGAGUGGUCAGAUUUCCCGACUACUAUCGACCGUAG